CUUUGCUUAAACGUCAAGGAAAUGGGUAUAAACCAAAGAAAGCUAAAAUUUUCUGUAGGAAUGACAUAAACAAAUUUCUUUCGGAGGCGCCCGAUGACUAUUACUUGCAAAUGAAGGUUGCUUUAAUUAUUGGACUUAACGGAGCUUGCCGUUGCGAUGAGCUAAUUAAAUUGACAUUGCAUGAUAUUCAGGAUAAUGGAGACAUAUUAGUGGUGAAAAUACCCGAUAGCAAAACAAAAAUGCAAAGAAGAUUUGUAAUCACUAACGAAACCAUUAGUGGAACAAGUGUACAUGGAAUUUAUAGAAAAUAUGUUUCAUUACGCUCUGUUAAAACUGAACAUACAAGAUUUUUUGUUAAUUACGUAAAAGGGAAGUGCACCACCCAAGUCAUAGGGAAAAAUACAAUUGCCAAAAUACCAUAUAAAAUUGCAAAGUACCUCGAGCUACCUGAUGCAGAAGGUUACACUGGGCAUAGUUUUCGGCGCACCUCCGCGUCUUUGUUGGUUGAUGCUGGAGGAGAUUUAUUGAGUUUAAAGAGACACGGAGGAUGGCGCUCCACCAACAUAGCCGAGGGCUAUUUAGAAGAAUCAAUCGUAAAAAAAGUAAAGUUUCUAACCAAAUUAUAUGCGAAAUGCCCGCCACAAAAGUUUCUGGAGAACAUCAAAUGAACUCUACAAACAUUGAAAGUACAGGUUUCAAUGUUAAUCAAUCUUCCUCACCUUUUGCUGGUAACAUUACUUUCAACAAUGUUACUAAUUGCACCUUUUCCUUUCCAUUUUAAAAAAGUAGUAUAUAUCUGCGGUUAGUAGUAUCUUCAAUUACCUUCGCGCAACCUUUCGUCAUUACUUCAAAGUAUUGUAGUAAUUGAAAAGUAGCC